CCGCCCCGCGCCGCCCGGUCCCGGCGCGGCGGCGGCAGCAGUAACAGCGGCGCCUCGCGCUCCCCGUCCCGCCCUGCCAUGCGCUGCGGCCCCGCCGCAGCCCCCGCCGGCAGCAACAGCAGCAGCGCCGGCGCGGAGCGCUGAGCGCCGCCAGGGCGCGGAUGCCCGCGGGCUGCCCCGAGCCCUCGCCGCAGCCUCCCGCAGCGCCGCCGCUUCCGCCCGCCCGGCGCCAUGGCGGGGAAGGGGCCCGCGGCCGCCGCCGUGCUGCUGGUCACCGCCAACGUGGGGUCCCUCUUCGACGACCCAGAAAAUUUACAGAAGAAUUGGCUUCGGGAAUUUUAUCAGGUUGUACAUGCACACAAGCCCCACUUCAUGGCUUUACACUGUCAAGAGUUUGGAGGGAAAAACUAUGAAGCUUCCAUGUCUCACGUGGACAAGUUUGUUAAAGAAUUGUUAUCGAGUGAUGCGAUGAAAGACUACAACAGAGCUCGAGUUUACCUGGAUGAGAACUAUAAAUCACAGGAACACUUUACGGCUUUAGGAAGUUUUUACUUUCUUCAUGAAUCUUUGAAAAACAUCUACCAGUUUGAUUUUAAAGCUAAGAAGUAUAAAAAGGUUACUGGCAAAGAAAUCUACUCAGACACUUUAGAAAGCACGCCCAUGCUGGAAAAAGAGAAGUUUCCACAGGAUUAUUUCCCUGAGUGCAAGUGGUCCAGAAAAGGUUUCAUUCGAACAAGGUGGUGUAUUACUGAUUGUGCCUUUGACUUGGUAAACAUUCAUCUUUUCCAUGAUGCUUCCAAUUUAAUUGCUUGGGAAACAAGCCCAUCGGUUUACUCAGGAAUACGGCAUAAGGCUCUUGGCUAUGUACUUGAUAGAAUUAUAGAUCAGCGGUUUGAGAAAGUUUCGUAUUUUGUCUUUGGAGAUUUCAACUUUAGACUGGAUGCCAAAGCAGUAGUAGAGACACUAUGUGCAAAGGCUACAAUGCAGACUAUCCGAGCAGCUGACACAAAUGAAGUAGUCAAGCUAAUAUUUCGUGAAUCUGAUAAUGACCGAAAGGUUAUGCUACAAUUAGAAAAGAAGCUCUUUGACUAUUUUAAUCAAGAUGUAUUUAGAGAUAACAAUGGCACUGCGCUUUUAGAAUUUGACAGAGAGCUGUCAGUCUUUAAAGACAGAUUAUAUGAACUGGACAUCUCCUUUCCUCCCAGUUAUCCGUACAGCGAGGACUCUAGCCAGGGAAAGCAGUACAUGAAUACGAGAUGUCCAGCCUGGUGUGACAGAAUCCUGAUGUCCCACUCAGCCAAGGAGCUCAUUCUGAAAUCAGAAAAUGAUGAGAAGAUAGUAAUAUAUGACCACAUUGGGCCAAAUGUGUGCAUGGGGGAUCACAAGCCUGUGUUCCUGUCCUUUCGAAUAGCUGCUGGGGCAGGAAAAAGAUGCCUACGGAAUGAGAAGAUUUUCCGUGAAACCACACUGUAGCAAGGAGGGGAAGGAGUACGCAGUAUACUGAAAUAAAUAAUCGUAACAACUGUAUUGAUAAAUCAAGUCCCGAGUGCCACAUUUUUAGACUGCUGAUCGUACACUAUGCUUCAGCAUCUGGACUCUGUUCAAGAAAAGCCUCACAUACC